CGAUGCAUCAACCUCUCAGAGCCUUCCCCCCGCGUGCUUCCUGAUACUGCCCACGUGAAGCCUGCAGAAAUCCAAUUCAGCUCAUUGCAAUUAUUCACGACAACACAUCACCUAAAGCCGACGCAAGCAAACACGGCUGCUUCGAUACCAAACUUGAAACCUUACCCAACCUUGUUGAUAUUGAACCUCCAAUUUCUCGAUAUUGGACCUACAGCUUCCUCGAUACUCAACCCUACACUUUUUGCUUACAUUAACCCCGACAGCCUUGCCCAUAUAACCCAGCACUUUUUUCUGGUUGUUGGACCACCCAUUGUUCUGUCAAUAUUGAACCCGACAGCUUCGUCAUAUUGAACCUCAGACAAGCACCAUCGAUAUCUGCGCUAUGCCGCCUGGCCAGCUGUAAGGACUAGUCAUACUCGCAUCGCAAAGCCUAGCGACCAUACCAAUGGAAAGCAGACCCGGCCCCGACGCCAAGUCAUUGGUCGACCCCAUCAGCAUGUCUAAAGAUCCUCACAUCACGUUGGAAGAUCAUUAUGAAGACAGGCUUCUGAAGAGAAAGGCUUCUUCUCCUUCUCAUAGUGUCCAAGAUGGCUUCAUGCCAAAGAAGCCAAGGCGUCGCAGUCGCUCGCCAUCGCGCAGUCGUAGCCCUUACUGGCGACGUGAUCGCGGCCGGGACCAUGAUCGCCAGCGCGAUCGGGACAGACACCGCGGCAUGGACCGCUACCACCAAUAUGCGUCAAGGGGACGGGUGGAGCCGCCGCGAGAGCCCGAGCGUCAACGUGAGCGUCGGCAGGAGCCAGAGAGCCGACCGUCGCUCUCAGCAGAGGAGAAGCAGCGUGGCAAACGCUUUUUCAGGGGCCUUCUGAGCAGCCUAAACCGCGAGCCUAGAGCCGCGCAGAAAAAGCACCGCGACGAGAUCGAGCGCAGACAGAAGGAGAAGGCGGAGCAACGCAAGGCCGCAGAGGAGGAACGCAAGGCCGUGGAGGAGGAACGUAAGAAGAACCUCGCGAGGCUGGAGCCGAUCCGGAAGGCUGAGCAGAUCGGGUUUGAGGAGCGCGCGAUGCGUACACGCCACUCAAACAUCAUGGCACAAGCCCACAGCCUCAAGACGAGGAGCGGGCCCCCGAUUUACUUUCGGCCCUGGGAGAUGACCAGGAAGCAAGAGGAUGCUGUCGGCAGACAGGUCCUCGAUGCCGAGGAGAUGGUGAACCGGGAGAGGCGCGCUUUCGAGCGCAAAAAGCAGAAGAAAUUGGCGGAGCUGCGAUGCCCGUCGCCUCAACCCACCAUCAAGAAUGAAGGUAUGACUGGCGAGCCUCGCACCGAAGCCCCCGCCAACACGAGCCUUGCAGUUGCUACUAACCCCGCGCCUCCCCCUCCUCAACAUGGCUCGAGCAACGACUGUGACGGCGAUGUGGUGAUGACGGAGGAGGAUACCUUGGUUUAUUGAGCUGUGCAAUAUCGCGGUGCGGCCCGUUUGUAGUUUCCGCUCUAAUACCCAUAUUCCAUAGUGUGAAUGCCACCGGCCUAGUGCCGCCAAGGCGGCCCGGGGGUACUCACGUAAGGACGGGUUUGCGAUGUAUAUAUUGGUCUAGUUCAGCAAGCCUUGUGAGGUCUUAUCAGACGAUAUAUAGGAAGGGUCAUGCUAUUGCUUGUUGAG